AUGUCAGCGCUGGAACCGGUCCGGUACCGGACCGGUUUGGAAAAUCAACCGGCCCGGGCAAUACCGGAAUUUCACCGGUUGAAACAUAUUCCUCCACGUGGUUGUGCAUUUGUUUGUUUUAAAGAACGUUCCGAUGCAUCAAGAUGUUUAGAAAAAAUGAAAGAUUUUCAUUUUCAUGGAAAUACAAUUAGAAUUGCGUGGGCAACAAAUAAAGGUUUAAAAGAUCGUUUUAAAGAAUGUUGGGAUGCUGAUCAUGGCUGUACUUAUAUCCCCUAUUCUGAACUAAAAGAUAUUCCUAAUUUAACAGCAUUAGCUGAAGGUGGAACUAUUGAUGAAGAAUCAAUACCAUUAUUCUUAAAAUCUACUAUUCCACCAAUGCGUGUUGAGGUUCCUCCAAUGAUUCAUCAACAACCAACACAACCACUUGUUCAUCCACAAGCAUCAUUUGUACCUCAAGAAUUUCCACCACCAGCAAAUCUUCCACCUCGACCAACAACUGUUCAUUUAGAAGCAUCAAAUCGUUUAGGACCAGCUCCAACAAUUCUAAUGGCACCAUCACAUGAAUCUUCAAUACGUGUUGGUUUACCUGUUCAAAUGAUGCCACCAGGUGCACAAAUUAUACAAGUACAACAACAUCCACAUGGACAACCUGUACAAGUUGUUCAACAUAUUGCCGGACGAGUAUUUUCUAAUAGUCAGAUUGUUCAUCAGAUGCCUUAUGGUCAUGUAGUUGCAACUGCUCAACAUCCAUCUUCUUUACAAUUACAACAUCAUCCUGGUGAAUUAAAAGAUCUUAAUCCACAAACACUUGCAUCUGGUCCUACUUUAAUUCAAUUUCGUGAUGAUUCUCAUCGACGACCAUCACCGUCAAUACCAUCAACACAUUUUGAUGAACAUCAUCGUCAUCAUUUAUCAUCAACCGAUGAACACUUAGUUCAUCUUUCAACAUCAUCAGCACCAUCAACACGUUUUCCACCACCAUUAUUUGGUGAAUCACCAUCACCAAAACGUAUUCAACAUCAUCAAUUUGGAAAUAGUAUGAUACAAGUACAACAGCAACAACAACAACAACAACAACAACAACAACAACCACCACCACUUUUACCAACACCAACGAAAAAUGAUGAACAUCAAAAACAAUCACCUUUUCCACGACGACCAAAUCGUUUUGAAGAACGAGAAGAUUUAACACAAACACAAACACAAGAUAAUAACGGAAAUUAUUCAGGUUAUCGUGGUGGACGAAAUAAUUAUAAUGAUCGAACGAAUUCUAGUGGCAUGUCAAGAGGUUCCAAUCGAGGAAGAGGAGGAGGUGGUGGAAAUACUACUGGUCGAGGCUAUUACAAUAAUAAUGAUCGAAAUAAUCGAUCAGACAAUAAUGAUGGAGGAUAUAGAAAUCGAGGUGGUUUCAAUAGAGGAGGUCGUGGUGGUGGUGGUGGUGGUAAUAAUAGUGGUCAAUCUCGGUUCUUUCCUCGUGGUAAUAAUCGAGGUAAUAGUCAUGAUCAUUUAUCAUCACGACGAUCAUCUCGUAGUCCUGAUCGUCGUUCAUCUUCAUAUCGAAAUGAUCAUAAUACAGAUAAAUAUUCUUCAACAACAAGUGGAUUUUCUGCACCACCAUCUGAUGAAUUUUCUCAACGUUCAUUACCAGUUGAAGCAUUACGAAAAAAAGAUCAAUCAAAUAUUGAUUCAUCAUCAAAUAAAUCAUCCUUAAUUAUCGAUGAAACCAGUGGUAGUAGAAGUGGGCAUACUGAUUAA